AUGGAGGAAUACCUCAACCUGUCCGGCGAUGCAGGAGUCCAGAAGCGGAUUCUGCAGGAGGGAACGGGCGACGAGACCCCGUCGAAAGGAUGUUCCGUAUCGCUGCAUUACACCGGCACUUUGGAUGAGGAUGGGAAAAAGUUCGAUUCCAGCCGGGACAGGAACGAACCGUUCCAGUUCACAUUGGGCACGGGCUCUGUCAUCAAAGCGUUCGAUAUGGGCGUCGCGUCGAUGAAGUUGGGAGAAAAGUGCAUCCUAAAGUGCGCCCCGCAGUACGCUUACGGCAGUUCCGGUAGCCCCCCUAACAUACCGCCGAAUGCGACGCUCAACUUCGAGCUGGAAAUCCUUGGAUGGAAGGGUGAAGAUCUCACCCCAAAGUCGGACGGUGGCAUUCAGAGGUUUAUCGUGAAAUCGGGCAGCUGCAAGAAACGACCCAGCGUGGGCGGUCUGGUGAAGGUGCACCUUGUCGGUAGCCACGAGGGCCGCGUGUUCGAAGAGCGCGACGUAGAGUUCUGUCUGGGCGAAGGCAAGGAGGUUGGCGUGGUUUCGGGAGUCGAACUAGCAUUGGAAAAGUUCUACAAGGAGGAAACGAGCAGGCUUGUUUUGGAGCCAUCGUAUGCCUUCGGGGGAAAGGGCAACAGUGAGCUGGGAGUGCCCCCGAAUGCUAAGGUCGAGUACACGGUUACGCUGAACGACUUUGAGAGCCUUGUCGAGCGAUCGAUGAUGUCCCCGGACGAAACGCUGGCCCAGGCGAAGCUCCUGCGAGAGAAAGGCACCAAAUACCUGAAGGAGGAAAAACACGAUUUGGCCCUCAACCUAUACGAUCGAGCGCUCACAUACUUGUACGCUCAGUCCAAAGAAGGGGAUGCGGUAAAGUUGGCAAUUUAUCUAAACCAAAUUCUGUGCCUGCAAAAGUUGAACAAGCACGAUGAAGCAAGACUUGCGUGCGUUGAAGCACUGAAAAUGGACAGCAAAAAUGUAAAAGCUAUGUACAGGCGAGGUAUGUCUUACUUGGCGCUAGGGGACUUAGAUAGAGCUCUGCGGGAUUUCUCUGCCGUGCUAGAAAUUGAACCGGAUAAUAAGGCAGCGCUAAAUCAGGUGACGAUUUGCAAGCACAAAAUAAAGUCCUACAACGACCAACAGAAGAAAGUGUUUGCCAACAUGUUUACUAAAUUUGCGCAGAGUGACUCCAAGAAAGCCCAAGAGGAACAGAGCCGUCUACCUGAUGUGAUGAAGCAAAAGUUCGGUGAAUGGGGAGACGAUGAACGCGAACACGCACCGACCCGCUUUGAAAAGGAGAAUCCCGAUGUCAUUAUGCUGCUGAACGAUUUGCACAAGCAGUUCCACAACAUGUGAACCCACUGUGCAAUCCCGUGGCCUAUUAUCAUUCAGUCGCCAUCAGAGCUCCACAUUAUGGCCAACAGAAGCAGCAGUAGAGAAUGCAGCUGAAAUUCCAAGUGGUGCGUUACAACCGAAAACGAUAUCAUUCAAAAACAUCCUUUUUUUUAGAUCAUGAGCAAACAAAACAAGCUACAAUUUGCUGCCUAAAGACAGGAAAGCAUGGAGGUAAACUACCUUUGAACAUGGUUUGUCGAAAGUAGUGCGUAAUAAAACGACAACCAACAGCUC